GCCGCUCAGCUAUGCGGUCCCAGCUUCUGUUCAGGGCUGCUCGCUGCCUGUGGACGCGCCCGGCUCUUGGCCCGGCCCGCCGGCACCUAAACUGCGGCAGCCUGCCGCUGGAGGAGCUGUUCGCCCGCGGCGGGCCCCUGCGGACCUUCCUGGAGCGCCGGGCAGGGUCUGGAGCCCAGUCGCAGGUCGGGGGUUCUGAGCUGCUGGCGGUGGCCAAACGGCUGAGCGAGAAGGAGCAGGAGCUGCAGGAGACCGAGCCUUUGCUACACGAUGAAAAUGAAGACUUAAGAAAACUUGCAGAGAAUGAAAUAACUUCAUGUCAAAAACAAAUAACUCAGUUGAAGCAUCAGAUUAUCUUACUUUUGGUUCCCUCAGAAGAAACAGAUGAAAAUGAUUUGAUCCUGGAGGUAACUGCAGGAGUUGGGGGUCAGGAGGCAAUGUUGUUUACAUCAGAGAUGUUCGAUAUGUAUCAGCAAUAUGCUGCAUUUAAAAGAUGGCAUUUUGAAACCCUGGAAUAUUUUCCAAGUGAAAUAGGUGGCCUUAGACAUGCAUCUGCCAGCAUUGGGGGUUCAGGAGCUUAUAAGCACAUGAAAUUUGAAGGAGGCGUGCACAGAGUACAAAGAGUGCCAAAAACAGAGAAACAGGGUCGCAUCCAUACCAGCACCAUGACUGUGGCAAUCUUACCCCAACCAACUGAAAUCAAUCUGGUGAUUAACCCCAAAGAUUUGAGAAUCGAUACUAAACGAGCCAGUGGAGCUGGAGGACAGCAUGUAAAUACCACAGACAGUGCUGUCCGGAUAGUUCAUCUUCCAACAGGUGUUGUGUCUGAAUGCCAACAAGAAAGAUCUCAACUGAAAAAUAGAGAGAUGGCUAUGAAAAAGCUACGUGCAAAACUGUACAGCAUGCAUCUAGAAGAAGAAACAAAUAAAAGAUACAGUGCUAGAAAGAUUCAGGUUGGAACGAAAGGAAGGUCAGAGAAAAUAAGAACAUAUAAUUUUCCACAGAACCGGGUCACAGAUCACAGAAUAAACACGUCACUUCACGAUCUGGAAACUUUUAUGCAAGGGGAGUAUCUACUGGAUGAACUUGUACAGUCAUUGAAGGACUAUGCGGAUUAUGAAUCUUUAAUAGAAAUUAUUUCCAAAACUUAAAUUGAUUUAUUAUUAAAGAUUUUUACAGCUUAUGAAAAUUCCACCAUAGCAAAUCAUAUAUGUAAAUAUUGGUGUUUUCUUAAAAAACAUGAGUUAACAACAGUUGGAAGUAAUGGAAGGACAUUUUGCUUUCCUCAGAGUUCACUGAUUUAAAUGUUAAUUUCAUCCAAAAACACUUUACAGAAACAUGCAGGGUAAUAUGGAUUAAGUAUCUUGGCACCCUGUUGACACAUGGUCCAAGAGCACCCCCGGCAGCUGUGCCCUAGAUGAGAAAAAAGAGAAGCCUGUCCCUCCACCGUCCCCUCCUGAUAAAGCAUAACAUGGUACCAAACAGUUCUGGCUGCAGUAUCACGGAGGGGGCGAUGAAGGGUAAAUUUGUUGCUGAGACGCAACUAUUUGGUAACUGGCACAAACACCGGUAUGCAUUACCUAGUUCUAGUAACUGCUAUGUUUUCAUAUAUUCUUGGUGUUAAAAGUUACAAAUAUUGUUACAUUUCACCCUUACAUAUUUCCACUUGCACUGUUAAAAAUAAGGACAUUAUUCUACUUAAUAAUUUAUUAUCACAUGUAACAAAAUUCACAGUAACUUCCUAAUAUCUUCAGAUACCCAAUUUAAAUUCUCCCAUUUCUCCCCCAAAUGCCUUAAAUUGGCUUCUUCAGACCAGGAUCCAAGUAAGGAUCCCAUAUGGAAUCUGGUGGUUACACUGCUUAAGUCUAGAAUAGCCCUGCCAACUGCUGCCCCUUUUUUCCAUGACACUGCAAUGAAUUUUCAUUUGAGAAAUCAAGCUACUACAGUGUCAUUUAACUUGUUCCUCAAAUCAGUCAACUUUCCUACAAACUGGAAGUUGGAGCUUAAGACUCAGCUAGUUUUGCAUUCUCCCUCCCUUUCCUCUGACUUAGCAUUUUUGUCAUUAAAAUGUGUACUAAAUAAGCCAAGUUUGAAUGCUCUGAUGUUCUGAGAUGUAUUUGAUUCUCUGAAAUACAUUGACAGAUGAGAAAAAGGA